UUUCAAAAUGUGAGGGAAGCUUUUAUAUUGGCAAGAUGGUGAAGCUUCUUGGCCAAAAUGUCUCUUAAAUGCAUAAAAUGUCAAAUUUGUGUUAUUUGGCUGUUUUCCACAUUGUGGCGCAUUUAGCAAGGUGGUUUAGGUCCAGGGGCGGACUGACCAUUUGGAAACUCGGGCACUGCCCGAGGGCCCGGGAUGCUCCUGGUACCUUUUUCAUAGGCUUUUUUGAGUUUGGGCAAGGAUGCAGGGGCCCCAUGAUCCCCUAUUGCCGGGGG